AUGCGGACGAGAAAGACGCGGGCCCCGCCGGAGGGCUUCCUUCUCGCGUUGCCGCCGCCCAGCAUAUCGGACGAGAUGCAGGUGCAACAGAAGAGUGAGCUUUUCAUCAACGUAGAUGACUCGAAUGUGUCACCGGUAGUCACAAUGAACGGGCCACUGUUCCCCUCCCGCUUUUUUCACGUAAAUAAUACGAACCUUUUUGUGCUGAUGGAUGGGGUGUCGAUGUUUACCGAGGGAAAGACGACACAGAAGGAGGAGGCGGCGCGGCUUCUUGUCGGAGACGAGGCUGAAGCCGCCGCGAAGCUCAGUGCAGCAAAGAAAUUGCCCCAUCAUAUUUCGACCAACGCAGUCGACUCGGUCGAAGCAGCUAUUCGCGGCAUUGAGGGCGAUGGCAACGAGGCGUGUCCGUCUUCGACGACGUCUGCCGUCUGCCCUGAAGCCGCACAGUUUCCGUCUUUGGCCGGCCGCGCGGCAGCGACUGUUCCUCCGGCGUCAGCCACUUCAGCGGCAGGAGGGAGUGGGGCAGUAGUGAAGCAGUCAGGGAUACCGCAAAGGUAUGCGGCGCUUUUUGCGGGGCCGCCCGCUGCACCAGCGGCUAGUCUUAGAAGCAAGUUUUGUCAUGGCGAUAGUUUUGUUAAACUCCACGGCUUUGUGCCCGGGGUGGCGGUCGCUGGGAGCAGCGUGGGGCCGCCGUCGGCUGUGCGCGUGCCGCCCGAAUCCGCAGCGACGAGGUUAGCGGCAGGGGAAACGUCGCUGUCUCCCAUCGUUUUUGCGGCGACCACAAAUUUCCCGCACAGCCCCACCGACAAAAAAGCAUGGCGUAAAUCUCACGGCAACGGUAAAAAGGUGCUGAAUAAAGCGUUUUCGGCAAAUGAUAUUGGUCGCACAAAUCGAUCAUUGGAUUUGGAUGCGGUGGUAACACUUGAAUUUAUCGGCAAGGGCUCGCAAGGAACCGUGCAUCGCGUUAUGCUUGAUGAGAAGCUGUAUGCACUUAAGUGUGUCGAUGUGAAGGAGGUGACCGAAGCCACGAAUGCUGUAGAACAGCAAGGCAGGAAGCGAGGUCUUGUGAAGGAACUUAACAUGAUUCGCCUUCAGAGGUCGCGGGAGCCUCCAAGACACCUGAUGCAGGUCUUCAAUGCCGUUGCUACCCUUGACAAUGAGCGACAACAUUUAUAUAUACUGAUGGAGUUAAUGAGUUUUAGUAUGGAGGAUGCGCAGCGGAUGCUCUCACGUUUUCCCGUACAUGAAAUGAUGAAAAUGACGCAGUCUACCUUUCGUAAUUAUCUUGCGGGAUCCGCCCUGGCUCAGAAGCAAACGGAGAAGCUGUUAAAGCAGCAGUCUGCCUCGUGCAUGCAUCUAACGGGGCGAAGUUCUUACAACGUGCCAGAAGAUUGGGAGUUGAAUAUUGACCGUCAGACACCCGCACCGGAGAUUAUCUUGUCUAUGUUGGCAGCGGACGUCUUAAAGGGGCUCCAGGAAUUACAUGAGGCAUAUUCAAUUCUGCAUUGCGACCUCAAACCCGCAAACGUGCUCCUGGAUUUUAAUAAGCGAUGUUUCAAGAUUGCAGACUUUGGUUGCGGAUGUCAGAUGAAUCCGAAUAGUCGACUGGUGAAGAGAACAGGGAUUGAUUUGGGCUCUAAGCUGUACAAGGCCCCUGAACGUCUGCAGCAUGAAUUGGCCGGCGCCGAACCCGAGGAUGAGAUGCCAUGGGUGGAAUUCACACCCGCCGCCGAUGUGUGGUCGCUGGGUGUCAUGCUGCUAGAGCUGGGCAACGGUGUCAACCCUUGCUACUCCUUCAAGUCUGACUACUGGAACUUUGUCAACAACUUGAAGCUGUCGCGCAUGGUAAAGCCCCUUGCAUGGUCCUCCGCGUUCCACGACUUCAUUGUGCGCUGCCUGAUGCAGGAUCCCGCGCAACGGUGGACAGUGCACAGGCUGCAGCAGCACCCUUUCAUCCUUAGGUACAGCAGGGUUCCCCGCGAAAAACUAACCUCGUUUAUGGAGCGUCUAAAGAAUGAGUCGGAAACCUUUCAACUUCGCCAGCAGCGCGAGCUCCUCGAGAAGCAGAUACUACUUAGCAGAGGGAAGAAGGCCCAUGACCGGUACCAAAACCAAAGCCGGACGCGCUGGAAGGCGUUUACCGGAUUUCUUAGCGUGGCCCCGCAGCUUGAGGACACGGAGAAGUUUCCACGCCUGAGUUAA